ACGUCUCAUUGUAUAAUGUAUAACGCAAAACGUCUAUAGAUCGAAAGAAUGGGUACAACUUUCCAGGCGCGAAGAUCUGCGAAAUAAAAAUACCGAAUACUUGUACAAGAAUUGUCAGUUAUGCUCCAAACACUUCGAAGACUGCAUGUUUACUAAUAGUCAAAAAAGGCGAUUAAAUCCUGCAGCAAAGCCCACGAUUUUCGACAUUCCAAACAAACCACCAACUGUAGGUCAAAAGCGACGAAUUCUACGAAGGACAACCACCGAUAUUGCCACUAAAGCCAAGAGACAGAAGCUGAUAAGAAAAUCGAAAGCAACUGAAGUUCAAGAAAGUGUUUGUGAUAGCCCCGAUCAAGAAUUAAUGGAAACUGACGAUACAACGGAAAAGCAAGGGCACCAAGAAAAUUUGUCACGAACAAGAACAUUAGAUUUCUGUUGUCAAACCAGCACUAGCCUCACCAACAAUACACCAAGGAAAAAAAAGCAAAAAAUGGUGAUCAGAUCUAAACAAGAAAAAAUCAGAAGAUUGAACACAAAAUUGAACAAGAUACUGAAGAACAAGGCAACACAUCAACAAGUACUAGAAAAUGCUCUCGAGAAACUGCCUGAUCAUUUGGCAAAUUUUGUAAGAACACAGAUAAAGUUACAUACAGCCAAGAAAAAAGGAAGACGAUAUUCACCUGAAAUGAAAUCCAUGGCAAUUUCUUUGUACCAUUCAAGUGGGAAAGCAUAUCGGCUGUUGUCGAAACUGUUUAUUUUACCAAGCAAGACCUCUCUUCGAAAUUACAUAUCUAGAGUACCAACAGAAACAGGGAUAUCACAGGCCACAGUCAAUACUCUACAGCAGAAAGUUUCUCAGAUGGAUCCAAUGGAAAGGUUGUGCACUCUUUGUAUGGAUGAAAUUUCAUUAAAGUGCCAUCUACAAUACAGCAUUCCCAAAGAUAAAGUCCUUGGUUUAGAAGAUUUUGGUUCUGGAUUCCGAACAAACAAGGUGGCAACUACUGCAAUGGUUCUAUUGACAAGAAGUAUUUCUGGUAGGUGAAACAGCCUCUUGGUUAUGUGCUUGCCAAUGGAGGAUGCCCAACUGAAAUUUUGGAAGAUGUUCUUAAAGAGGCCCUAGACAAAUUGGAGCAAAUUGGUCUAAAUGUAGUGGUGGUAAUAUCCGACAUGGGUUCCAAUUUUCAUAGUUCUGCCAACCGUUUGGAAGUAACCCCUGACAAACCGUGGUUUACUUAUAACAAAAGAACUUAC